AUGCAUGACGUGACCAUCAAAGAUCACGUUGCGCAGAGCAAUCCCUUGCUGAUAGAGAACGGCAAAGUAUCCCUUGUCAUCCGCGGCCAGCUCAAAGUCCGUCACCAAGUCGUCACGGGGGUUGUGAAUGCCAAAAUCAUCGGCCGCUUCCCGAAUGAUAGGAUUACGCGCCGCAGUGAGGUGAGCUCACACGCAUUGGUAACUCGCAGAGGUGAGGAGCCAAAAGGUGCACAACAUCAUUGCAAACAGAAACACACUUUGCAGAAUCUUGGCGACAGCCAGCGGAACAACAUCGCUUUCGGCGGCUUGCUGCUCCUUGUCAUGUCGGUGCUGUUGGGACGGGGAGGUAACUACAUGGACAGCCGAGGUCGUGGGCAUCUACACAAGAAGCCCAAAAACGAGCGACGUCGGUUCAACGAUGGGCGGCGACGAGCAGCAGCAGACAUGAUGAUGGUGUGCACGACACAAAGCAGCUGA